CCAUCGCUGACUCAGCUGGCGGCCAUGGCGCGAGAGGACCCUGAUGCCCUGGCCAGCGUCGCAAAUUUCAAGAUCGGCCGCCGCGGCAUCGGCGCAGUGCGGUGGCUCACGCCCACUGAUGUCAGGAGCCUAAAUGUGGAAGGGACUGUGGCCCUCUCCCGUGGCAGUGUCGAGGUGUACCUGGAUGAGAAUGAGAAGCCUGAGAUUGGGGAGGGUCUGAACAAAGGAGCAGAGGUGACGCUGCAGAAGGUGUACCGCAUCGACAAGGCCACCAACAGGCCCACCACGGACAAGGACGCCAUUGCGCGCUUCGAGCGGAAGCUCAAGAAGCUGGCCGCCGAUCAGAGCGCUCGGUUUGUCAGCUACGAUGCAGACACCGGCACCUGGGUCUUCGAAGUGGAGCACUUCAGCAAGUACGGGCUGGUGGACUCUGACGACGAG